AUGCCAGUCCGCGGCCCCGUCUCCGUCAACCUAGCCACCCGCCAGGCCGCUGAGGUGCUCAGGGUCGGGCCCAUGACCAUCCGCGUCUACGAGGACGGAUCCCGCACCGGCGAUCGCAUCAGCGCCAUCCUGCUCGAGAUCCCACCGGGGAUUUCGGGCCCGCCCAUGCAUUGGCAUCGGUUCCAUGACGAGUUGUUUUUUGUUGUCAAGGGAACUUGCUGCUUCAUAACGCCCGAAGCCGAAGUGGACGCCUCAGCCGGAGACGUCAUGACGGUCCCGCCGGGAGCGGUUCACACGUUCAAGAAUGCGUCUGAGACGGAAGCCUGCGAGAUUUACAUGAGUGCCACGCCGGGUCACUACGUUGAUUACUUCCGAAUGCUUGACAAGGCUGGAGAGGAGGGCAAGAUGCUUGGAAAGGAGGAGAUUGAACAUCUUAUGGCGCUGUUUGGGACGUUUCCGCCGGAUGUGGAGUCGGAGCCUUGA